AUGAUAGACAAGACAAACUUCCAAAAAUUUCUUAAACACAACAAACUUACUAUAAGUGCUGUAGAGUUUACUGGAUCGUUAUCUAAUAAUGAUAUAGAACCAUAUAUAUGGGAUAAACUUAAUAAAAACCAUUCAAGCCAACGAAAAAUAAUUAUUCAAUAUCUUGAAACCCAUUUAAAGCCAAGCCUUCCCACUAGUAUUGUUAUUCAUGAUGUUUUCCAAUCCAGGAACUUUCUUAAUAUAAUGACAGAAGAGUCUCCAUUUCUAUUUAAAACUCAAGGCAGUACUGAUUUGAUAUUAGCAGAAAAGAGUUACAUUGAUGGAUUAAUCCCUACAAGUGGCAUUCAUUGUAUAAUGGAGUUCAAAAAAUCAGUACAAGAGCAACAUAUUAUGCAGGUUGUUCCAGAGAUAGCUGCUGCAGAUUUUUUAACCAAUGAUGAAAUUAAAACCAUUGGGGUAUUGACGGAUUUAAAUAGUUCGUGGCAUUUAUUUUGGCUAAGUGAGGAAAAAAAAUUUAAAACAGUUAAAUUUUCAAAUCACAAAAAGGCUAUUGAAACUAUUGAUAAAAUGGUUUCAUUGAAAUGUAUGCUAGGUUUAUCAG